AUGGUGAACACCGAUUCUUCUUCCUGUCUCAAUUCAAAAGUUGUUGUUUUUGUUGUUCUAUUCUUGUUGCUAUUCUUCUUCUUCCUCUUCCUCUCGGCUACCCAGCCUUUCAGUGGACUGGAGUCAUCGGUUAUGGAUAAACCAAACGUCCCGGCUACCACACCACCGAUAAAAAACGGCAAGUUCUCCGAUAUGACCUCGAAUAUGUCUUCUUUCUCGUUGUUGUUGUUGUUGUUGAUGUUUGCAGACGAGGAUGACGACGACGACGACGACGACGCGAUUCUCUUUGAAAUCGAACUCCGUCUCGAAGCUGUCGUCGCUGAGCGAUGCAAUCUUCUUUCUUCUCCUCCUAUUCCUCUUUCUCCUCCUAUAAAAGACGUCGACGUUGAUGACGCGAGGAUGGCAGAGAUGACCACCAUAUCGCGGUUUGUAUUUGCGUGA